GUUCGAGUGCGCAUGCGUACAGGCUCCUCAUUCAAGCUAACAGCGCCCGAAGCUCAAAUGAGCCUCGUUUAACAGCAGCCGUUCAGUUCUGCUCUGUGUGGACUCCAAUAGACACGCGCCUUUCACCGGACUCGAGCUGGACUACACGCGUGUCCCGUAUUUAAUGGCAAUACACUGCGUUUGGAUUUACAAAGCAUUUCUCAACAGGAUUAAAAGCUCAGACGUUUCUAACCUUUCACGCGGUCUUGAGGAACGUGUUCACCGUGAGGAAUAUAGUGUUUUCUUUCCUGCUUGAGGGAUGGGAUUAAAGAGAUCGAAGAAAAGUUGGGAUUUUUGAGUCUCGCCGUAUUGGAUGCUAAGAUGGAGAGAUAAAGCUCGCUCAUACAGAGCUCACGAAGGCGCACGCACUGGUAAUAACACAGCCAGAGGAAAUGCACAGAGCUUGGGUUUUACUUAUUGUAAUAGAAGAGGGAUUCGCCCUGGCCCAGAAAAUUAAAGAGACACAGAAUGAGGGUGAAAUCCUAACUAAGCCAGAACAGUGCGGUCAGUGGACCCGUAAUAUCAAUGGAGGCCUGUUUACAUCUCCAAAUUAUCCUAAUUCCUAUCCACCCAACAAGGAGUGUGUUUACAUCCUGGAAGCUCUUCCUCGCCAGAGAAUACAGCUGACUUUUGACAAAACGUACUAUGUCGAGCCUUCCUUCGAGUGCCGCUUUGACCACAUAGAGAUAAGGGAUGGUCCCUUUGGGUUCUCCCCUCUAAUCGAUCGCUUCUGUGGGCCAAAAAGUCCAGGUGUGGUCACCUCCACAGGCCGCUUCAUGUGGAUCAAAUUCACAAGUGACGAGGAGCUUGAAGGAUUAGGUUUCCGCGUUAAAUACACUUUUAUAGCAGACCCAGAUUUUCAUUUGCACGUUGGUGGAUUGCUAAAUCCAAUUCCAGAUUGCCAGUUUGAGAUCAGCGGCACGGAUGGAACCAUCCACUCCAGUCAGGUGGAAGAAGAGGAUAAGAUCAAAAAUGGAGAUGCAUUGGACUGCAUCUGGACCAUUCGUGCCCCUCCUAAGUCCAAGAUAUACCUUCGAUUUCUGGAGUAUCAGAUGGAACAUUCAAACGAGUGCAAGAAAAACUUUGUGGCUGUGUAUGACGGCAGCAGCGCCAUAGAGAACCUGAAAGCGAAGUUCUGCAGCACUGUGGCCAAUGAUGUGAUGCUGGAUACUGGUGUGGGUGUUGUACGCAUGUGGGCUGAUGAGGGCAGCAGACUCAGCCGAUUCCGAAUGCUCUUCACCUCAUUUGUCGAUCCUCCGUGCUCAAGCAACACUUUCUUCUGUCACAGCAACAUGUGCAUCAAUAACUCACUAGUGUGCAACGGAGUUCAGAACUGUGUGUACCCAUGGGAUGAAAACCACUGCAAGGAGAAAAAGUCAAAGGGACUCUUUCACCAAAUCACAAAGACUCAUGGCACCGUAAUUGGCAUCUCCGCCGGCGUGGUUCUGGUCUUGCUGAUCAUCUCCAUCCUGGUGCAGAUGAAGCAACCCCGUAAGAAAAUAGUGGCCCGUCGACCUGCUGUCUUCAACAAAGGCGGCUUCCAAGAGGUUUUUGACCCGCCAAACUAUGAGCUUUUCUCUCUACGUGACAAAGAGCUGUCAUCAGACUUGGCUGAGCUGUCAGAUGAGCUGGACGGCUACCAUAAGAUGCGGCGCUCCUCUACCAUGUCUCGAUGCAUCCACGAGCACCACUGCGGUUCCCAUGCCCCCUCCAGCGGCAGCGUGAAGCAGAGCCGCACAACACUCAGCUCAAUGGAGCUCUCUUACCAUAAUGAUUUCUCCAAGCCACCGCCCAUGAAGACCUUUAAUAGCAGUACCACCGGCACUUACAAGAAGAGUUGCUAUGGCUACAAACAGACUCACGACUGUGCCGAGCAGGUGAUCGAGGAUCGUGUCAUGGAGGAGAUCCCCUGUGAAAUCUAUGUGAGGGGCGGGAGUGUGGCAGGGGCUGCGGGCAGCAUUGGAAGCGGCUGUGGAAGCAUUACUAUCCGUAACCAUGGCAGCGCUCGUAGCAACACCGCCACCGUGGUGGACCCGGGACAACGUUCCAUAUCCAUGGACUUUUGAAGUAGUGAGAUAGAAGGAGGGAGAACAAACCCCUCAAGUGACUUUAACCACUUUUUUCACAAUCCUUCAUAACUGUUUUCGUGCACGGGUUCAAGUGCAAUAUAAACAAACAUGAGUGAAUGAAAAAUACAUUACCAGAAAGAUACAGAUGUGGCUGACUAUUUUAAUCAAUGUAUAUUUUAAAAAGACAGAUAAACAGUAUGUAGGUUUUGUGUUGUUGCUUUGCGUUACUGACUUUUUUGCAUCGUUUGACUUUGUGGAUCAUUUGAAUGGUUAUGAAAUGAAGUCAUGUAGUGACCACAGCCAUUCCCUGCUGAACCCUUACACGGUGUCCACACCAAGCGCGAUAGCAGUUUUUUAGCAUCAAGUGAUUUGUCUGUCCGAACUGAAAGGGAAAAUGAUGCAUGACAUGACACAAUCACAGCCAGUUGAAAAUUGUGUUUUUCUAUGUACAGCUAUAUAUAAGCUGGAUAUUGGACCAAUGGGGUUUCACUACGGGCUUGGCUUCCCAGCACAACUAAAGCAGAUACCAUUGUCCUGCAUGGGCAUGGCUGGUUUAGACAAAAACUGAAAUUACAAUGAAAGGCAUUACUUUAUCAUAACCUGCUUAGGUUGCAGUGUUAAGAGGAACAGACAUUUGGAAGGGUACGGCUACUAGAUCACACAUGCCAACGGCAUAUAUAAACACUGAUGUGAGUUUUUUACAUUUUGUCAUUAGUUUUAAAAUUAGUUUUUUAACAUUUUGCUUCAAACAGAUAACUGUGCAUACAGUAUGUACCUAAAAUGAAUGCCCAUAAAAAGCCACAGCACAUAAAGUAAUUUUAUGUUUUGUUAGCUUAUAUGCAUAACAUUUUUGGAGAAACAACCGAUCCAUUAAAGCUUCUGAUCAAGAAAACUGUAAAUGAUGCUUAAACCUUUUGUAUAGAAAUUAUUCUUUUUGUUGUUAAAUAGGUAAAAAUGAACAGGAAUAUAUUUUCUAACCAAUAUAUGUUCUAUAUCGAAUUAUUAUGCGCUUCCAUUUUAAUCAUUACAUGAAUAAUUGUAAAAGAUAUUGAUGUAAGAAAUGUCCAAAUACAUUUUAAUAAAAUUACAGCCCCUAUAGUGUCUUUGAAU